AACAUUUUUGGGGGAAGACGUUCAUCUGGCAUUUGGAUAACCGACAAUCAACCUGUCGCAUUGAGCCAAAUGGACCAAAAACACAACCUAAAAUUGCGGACUUGUUUGUAUGACGCAGGCCUACCUCACCAUCUGCACCCCCUCGUCCCUGCUACACUACCGUGCUACCCAGCAUUCAACCACAGAGGUUCACUCAUGCUGGGUAGGGAGUUACACCUACCACUGGACAGGCUCCGCCCCACCGCAGUCCAGAACACACUUACACCAGUCAAAGCUUCAGUCACCCAACGUCAGAAGCAGAUGAAACAGUGGUUUGACAUGAAACAGUGGUUUGACAAGAAAAAGAGUCAGAAAAAGAGUCUGGUCAGGAUACCAGAUAUCAUUGUGGCAGACUGGGUGAGAGCUCGCCGACCGCACAGGGAGAACAAGAUGGCCUCAAUUUGGUCCAGUCCACAGCAAGUGGCCCGCCGACUGGGACCAGCCUCAUACCUCCUUGAUGAUGAUACCCGCUGGCAUCUUGGAAAAAUCAGCUUUUUCAAAACGUUCUUGCUGUAUGACAUCAGUCUGCUCUCUGCGGCUCCUGUGACACUCCCACUUUCAUGUGAGGGAAAGGUGCAACAAGACGGUUUGUUUGGAUUUGAACUGCCACUCCUUGUGACUGACCUUUUGAAGGAUCCAUCCUGUGAAGUACAGCUGAUUAUAGAGAACAUUGUAAGGGCUAUAUAUGAGAAGGGGGGUGUGCCUGGCCGUGUGUCAUCUCCAGUCCUGAGAGCCACAAUGCACAGUUUCACUCUGAGCAGCUGCCCAAGCUCAGUCCUACUGGAUGUAGACUGCGAGGCUAAACUCUCAAGAAAACUACAAUGCUUUUGUACCUAUUCUACCAGGACCAUCCCAAACAUCACCUCUUUUGCCACAUCACUAACUACAGCACUGCAGACAAACAAGACCUCCAGCGAUGACCCUGUUGCUACUGGUCCUAUUAUUGCCAUUGGUAUUGCCAUUACUGGUUUCCUCAUCAUCAGUGCUUUAGUGGUCCUAUAUAGGAAGAAGAUUAUCGCCCUUUACCGCGUCUUUAUGGAAUGGAAGAACAGAAGCACAUCAGCGAGAAGCUCCACUGAAGAUCUUUCUGUCCUGCUGUCUGUAAUCAGCAGUCUUCACGCCACUCCUCUAGCAUCAUCCUGUAAGGCGGCAGUGCAGCCUGAUGGCUCGUUUGUCUUUCAGUUGGGGUUAGACUCAACUACACUCUCUGACUGUGAACCUCAAAUCAUUGUUGGGGAAAAGAAAAAAGUGUGUGCUGUAUAUGAAGGAGGGAAAGUGCCAGCUUCCUGGCUGCCACCAGUCCUUGGGGCCACAAUGUUCAACUUCACUUCGAGCAGCUGCCGAGAUGUUAAGAUUGGCUUGGACUGUCCACUCUUAUUGCACUAUAAAUACCUGCCUUGCUCCUGUGACUCCUCCAGUAGCAUGGCCCAGACAUCAAGCUCCACAGCCAGGCCACUUGCCUCUGUGUCAAACUCGGCCGAGGCCCUCCAUGACAAGUCCCCUUUUCCAGUGGGUGCUGUUAUCGGGUGCAGUGUUUUUGUGGUGAUCAUAACUCUUGCCUUCAUUGUCUUCAGAUGCAGGAAGAGGAUUAACAAAGAGCCCACAAAAGCCAGCAGAUCUGCAUCAAACUCCAACGAAGACCUUGUUGGUCCUUUGAAUCCUUAGUCCUUGGUCCUGACAUCCAUUUUAACAAGAAUUCACUUCACUGCCUGCUUUUCUAUGUAUCUCAAUUGUCAGUGUGAUACAGGACAGAAUAUGCUGUUCGGCCAACCAUUGGCUUUGGUUUUGGAGGGGGCGAGAUAUGUGUUGAUAACCAUCAUCAUCAUCACACACAGAAAAUAUUGUUGACAGCCAUGACUUCAAGUAGGCCUAGCUAGUGCACAGAGCCCAUAGUUCUACAUUUCCAAUGAACAAAUUCAACCACUUGGUUUUCACGUUCAUGUCAAGAGGAAAUGACGUGGCCGCUAUGUAGACAGUACAUUUGUAUGGAUGGAUGAUUCUGGGUCUUUGUCAUCUCUUAGGCUGCAACUGUGAACACUUCUUUCAUUCAUAUUUAUUUGUUUUUCUUACAUGUAUUUAUUUUUCUUUUUUAAUGUAUUGAUAUUAUGUUUAUAUUUGUGUACAUGUUUGUUAAUAAUAAAUUAAUGUUCAUAAUGUCUCAA